AUGAUAAGACGCCAGUCGAGAAGUGCGUGUUACGAGAGCUGUCCUGAGCACGCGCUUCCGCAAGGCCGCCCGAUUAGAAUGCAGGGAUCUCGCGUCCAAGGCUACGAUACCGCGGUCGGUCGCUGCACCGACAUCGAUCUUCCUCUCGGUAGUUUGGCAAUUGGAAGUCCGCUCAGGAAGUAUCCUGUGAAGGUGACGCUCACUCAAAAAUGUAACCAGCCGAUCGGAAGUUAUAAGAAUUUUGUACGCAUCUUUGGUGCG